UAACAUUAUUAUAAAUGAUUCUAGAAAAUCAAAUAAAUCAUGUCAACUUGUAAAAUACACAAUAUUAGGUUUUAUAAUCUUGAACCUCGAUCUGUUACUUGUUUAUCUUAUGAAUCUAAGACAAAAAAGUUAACACUUGCAAGAAAUGACAAUUCCAUUGAAGUUUGGAAUAUUGGGAAUGCACCUUUUGUAGAAUGUACAAUACCAGCACUUGCAGAAAACUCGAUAGAAAGCAUUCUCUGGAUAGGAUCAAGGUUGUUUUCGACUGGUCUUCAUGGCAUGAUAGCAGAAUACGAUUUAACAACAUUAUCUAUUAAAAAUGAAGUUGCAGUAACUGGGGGUGCAGCUUGGUGUAUGGAUGUAAAUCAUAAGAAAACAUGUUUAGCUGUUGGUACAGAAGAUGGAUACAUCAAUACAUUUACUGUUACUAGCGAUACAUUGAUAUAUGAAAGGAUAUUUGAUAAACAGAAAGGAAGAAUUCUUUGUAUUAAAUGGGACAACACUGGAGAAAUGAUUUAUACAGGAUCGGCUGACACAAUUAGAGUUUGGAAUGCCAUAUCUGGUCAUGCAAUUCACAAGAUGACAACUUCUAGAAAAGAAGCAAAGAAAGAAACUAUUAUCUGGUGUUUAGAAGUUACAGAUGACAAUGUUAUAAUUUCUGGAGAUUCACGGGGCUGUCUAUCAUUCUGGGAUCCUCAUAUGGGUACUUUAAUCGAAUCCCACGAAAGUCAUACAGCUGAUAUAUUAGCUGUCACUUUAUCUCAUGACAUGAAUACUGUAUAUUGUGCUGGGGUUGAUCCCGUAGUACGAAGCUUUUGUAAAAUAACCAUGAAAUCCAGUGGUAGACCACAAUGGGUAAAAGGUAUCGAAAGAAGGUUACAUGCUCACGAUGUAAGAGCUUUAGUAGAAGCAAACGGAAAAUUAUAUUCAGCUGGUGUAGAUGGAUAUCUAGCACAGUCUAGUUAUCCACCAAAAGUUUUAGUUAAAUAUCCACCAUUACUUCAACUUCCAUGUGCUACUGUUUGUAGAAAAUCUAGGUGCAUUUUGUUACGGUAUACAAACUUUCUCGAGUUGUGGAGGCUUGGAUCAUCUACUAAAGUUUCUCCAGAAUCAAUACGUCCCGGUAUGUUUCAUCAAUUAGAAGAGGAGCCUAUAAAAUUGUUACAAUUAAAAACAAAAAGAGACGAAAAUAUUAUUUCUUAUGCUAUCAAUAAGGACUCUAAAACAAUUGUUUAUUCAACCGACAGUCAUGCUAGAGUCUUCAAUUUUGACGUGGUCGAAGGGGAUGCACAAUUAUCAAGGAACGAUACUGACAUUUUUGCAAUCAAAAUACAGAAAAUGUUAUUUAGCCCAAAUGGAAGAUUAUUUGUAACGAUAAAUAACGAUGGAAAGAAAAACAUCGUAACAUUGUAUAAAGUGGAGAAGAAGCAUCUAAGGCAUCUCGAUUCUUUUCACACGGACAAGGAAUCCAUUGUAAAUCUUGGACUCGUGUGUUUUUCUCCUGACGAUAAAUAUUUUAUUUGUGCCGAUCGUUAUGGUAGAAUCGCUGUGUAUAAUAUUAGUAAUACUGCAAGUAACGACGCAUCUGCAGCAUGGUUAUUACCAAAGUACAGUUGUCCACCGACAGCUAUGGCUGUCCAGAAAAGUACUUUAAAUUUAGUUAUCGUGUAUUCCGAUCACAAGAUUGUCGAGUAUAAUAUUUUACAAAGGCAAUACACCAAGUUUUCGAAUAAUUUGCAAAGUCGACUUCCGAAACAAUGGUUGGCCCGGCCUUUUCCCAUAACGAAUAUAAUCUUUGAUUCUCGCAAUGAAAAUAUCAUAAUAAUGCACGAUGAUUCUACCGUUUACGUUAUCGAUAAAUUGAACGAAUUUCUGGAAAAAGAUGCGAAAAUUUCGAAACGCGAGAACGGUGACAUCACGGAAGAUAAUUUCUCCUUAAGUUCGCACUCUCAACCGAUUUUUCAAGUUCUUAAAAAAUACAAGCACCUGGUGUACUUGGAUUGGUUGAACGACGAAGAAUUAGUGGCAGUCGAAGUGAAUCCCAUAUCAUUAACGGAGAAGUUACCGCCGACUCUUAAACAGAAGUGGUUCGGAAUGUAAAUAAUUUCCAGAACGAAAUAAAUCAAAUCUCAUUUUCAUAAUGGGAUGAAACGUGUACAAAACUGUUAGCUUGUUUCUAGAAGAACACUCUGUCCUGGAAGCUAAGAAUGACGUAUUUCUACAUUAUACCAACUGCUAUUCCGCUAUUUAUACAAAAC